CUAGGCAGUGGAAGGUGGUGUUGGUGUUAUCGUGGUGAGCUCUGACCUCACUGACCUGUCCCCCGACGGUGGUGUCGCCCUGGACUCUUACCUGCUAUCUGAUUCGCUGGUCCUGUCUGGUGAUUCGCUGCUGCUACACGAGGAGACCAAUAAGGAGCUGAGGAUGAACCUCCAGCAGCCCGACCCUCUCAUCCCCCCUGUCCACCCAGACGUCCAGAUGAAGUCUCUGCCGUUCUACGACGUGUUGGACAUCCUCAUCAAACCCUCCAGCCUGGGUCAGUGUCUCUGGAGGCAGCACUGUUCAGAGAUACCACCAAGAGAAAUACUUCCUCUUCGCCUUGACGCCUCAACAAGUCAGGGAGGUGUGCAUCUCCAGGGACUUCCUACCAGGUGGCAGAAGAGACUACAUGGUUCAGAUACAACUGAGGUUCUGUCUGUCAGAAACCAGUUGUCCCCAAGAAGACAACUACCCAAACAGUCUCUGCAUUAAAGUCAAUGGGAAGCUGUUCCCCAUACCGGGUUACGCACCGCCCCCUAAAAAUGGAGUGGAACAGAAGAGACCAGGAAGACCUCUAAACAUCACCUCAUUGGUCAGAUUGUCCUCUGCAGUACCCAAUCAGAUGUCCGUAACGUGGGCACCUGAAAUCGGAAAGACGUAUUCCGUGUCGGUGUACCUGGUGAGACAGCUCACAUCACCUCUACUGCUGCAGAGGCUCAGGAUGAAGGGCAUCAGAAACCCAGAACACUCCAGAGCCCUGAUAAAAGAGAAGCUGACAGCAGACCCUGACAGUGAGAUCGCUACAACCAGUCUAAGAGUGUCGCUCAUGUGCCCCCUGGGUAAGAUGCGCCUGACUGUGCCGUGUCGAGCUGUCACCUGUUCCCACCUGCAGUGUUUCGACGCAGCGCUCUACCUGCAGAUGAAUGAGAAGAAACCCACCUGGGUCUGUCCUGUCUGUGACAAGAAGGCUGCCUACGAGAGCCUCAUCAUCGACGGGUUAUUCAUGGAGAUUCUGAAUGACUGUUCUGAUGUGGAUGAGAUCAAGUUCCAGGAAGACGGGACCUGGUGCCCCAUGAGACCAAAGAAAGAGCCCCUGAAUGUGUCCUCAACCUGCAUCCCCAAAAUAGAACCGCGUCAGUGUGCUGUGGUCCCUGCCCACAGAGAGCCCAGCUCGACCAAUAAGAAGGCAGGCGUGAUCGACCUGACCCUGGAGAGCUCGUCAGAGGACGAGGAGCCUGACGCACCACUGAAGAAGAGAUGCCUCUACAGGUCCAAGACAGAGGAGGUGUACGCCAAGGGAGUGUUGCCCUAUCAGCCGUCGACGGUGCGCCUGCCAAACGCCCAGGCCCUGGACACCUCCCACCGGACGACCUCGCUGGCCGACUACGCAGUCCCCUUCCACCACUCCCCCCUGUCCACCAUCCCUACAGACAUGCAGAGUCUGGAUCUGUUCUCACUGAUCCAAGGUGACCGGCAGCAUUACAGAGCUCCCAUGUUCCUGGAUAACCUGCAGGCUGUGCCCACUAGCGCCGCCCUGGUGUCCUCUUCUAGCCAGUACGAGCCCAGCUCUCACCACACUUCCACCUCUUCCUACGAAACUGGGGUUAUUACCGGGGGAGGGGGAGGGUCCAACAGCAUCUCAGACAUCAUCUCAUUGGACUGAUUCUCUUAUCACUCAAAGGAUCCUCCUAUCAGAAGCCUUCAAUGGCUGUGUCCGAAAUGGUAUCUUAAUCCCUACAUAGUGCACUACUUUUGGCCGUCCAGCCACUAUAUAGGGAAUAGGGUGCCAUUUGGGACACAGUCUCUGUCCACUGGGCCAGCGAGAUCCCAGAGCUAGUGGUCUCCUUCCCUUCAUCUGCAUUGGCGUCUGGGUGCCAGUAACAGUAAAGUCGGGACACCGUGAAGUUGGGACACCGUAAAGUUGGGACACCGUAAAGUCGGGACACAGUAAAGUCGGGACACCGUAAAGUUGGGACACUGUAAAGUUGGGACACUGCAAAGUCGGGACACAGUAAAGUCAGGAAACAGUGAAGUCGGGACACCGUAAAGUCGGGACACUGCAAAGUCGGGACACCGUAAAGUCGGGACACCCUAAAGUCGGGACACCGUGAGGUCGGGACACCGUAAAGUCGGGACACAGUAAAGUUGGGACACAGUAAAGUUGGGACACAUUAUUUUAUUUCACCCGGCCCCUGCUUUGUUAGGUCAGUGCUGAUGGAAGGAAAAGAUAGUUGGGAGGCACCCCACCCACAGACUCCAGCUGGUCUCACUGAGCUGGUCUCACUGAGCUGGUCUCACUGAGCUGGUCUCACUGAGCUGGUCUGACUGAGCUGGUCUCACUGAGCUGGUCUGACUGAGCUGGUCUCACUGAGCUGGUCUCACUGAGCUGGUCUGACUGAGCUGGUCUGACUGAGCUGGUCUCACUGAGCUGGUCUCACUGAGCUGGUCUCACUGAGCUGGUCUCACCAGCUAAUGAGGAAGAGAAGAGAAGGGGAGGGGCUUUAACAUGACACUUGACUUUCACCACCUGUCUGUCUUCACUUUAUUGCUUUUUCUAUUGGAUGAACUGACAUGGAAGCAUUCAGCAGGAGGCGGGACAAUGGCUAUGGUUGACGGUGUCGAUUGGUUGAAGCGGCUGCUUUUCAGUAGCUAGGGGAAGUUAUCCCAAGGCAGCUCACUAUUGUACUACUAACUAAUUAGGGGUUCAAGCAGCGACGCUAGGUAAAACCCCAUUGUACUGUGAGUUCAGUGAGUAUUCAUACCCCUUGACAUAUUCAAAUCAAAUCAAAUUUUAUUUGCCACAUGCGCCGAAUACAACAGGUG